AUGAGGAAUGUCUCGGGGGUGACUGAAUUUAUCCUGCUGGGCAUCCCACACACAGAGGGUCUGGAGACAAUGCUUUUUGUUUUCUUUUUGUCCUUCUACAUUUUCACACUUAUGGGGAACCUGCUGAUCCUACUUGCUAUUGUCUCUUCCACUCGGCUUCAUACUCCCAUGUACUUCUUCCUGUGCAAGCUGUCUGUUUUUGACAUAUUCUUCCCUUCUGUCAGUUCCCCCAAGAUGCUGUUCUACCUCUCAGGGAACAGCCGCACCAUCUCCUAUGCAGGCUGCGUGUCCCAGCUCUUCUUCUACCAUUUCCUGGGCUGUACUGAGUGUUUCCUCUACACGGUGAUGGCCUAUGACCGCUUUGUGGCCAUAUGUUACCCUCUGCGCUACACCAUCAUCAUGAGCCACAGAGUGUGCACCAUCCUAGCCAUGGGGACCUCAUUUUUUGGCUGCAUUCAGGCCACCUUUCUCACCACUCUCACCUUCCAAUUGCCCUACUGUGGCCCCAAUGAGGUGGACUAUUACUUCUGCGAUAUCCCAGUGAUGCUGAAGCUGGCUUGUGCAGACACCUCAGCCCUGGAGAUGGUGGGGUUCAUCAGUGUGGGCCUCAUGCCCCUCAGCUGCUUCCUUCUCAUUCUGACCUCCUAUAGUCGCAUCGUCUGCUCCAUCCUGCAGAUCCGCUCUGCCGAGGGCCGACGUCAUGCUUUCUCCACCUGCAGUGCCCACCUCACUGCCAUCCUGCUUUUCUACAUGCCGGUGGUCCUCAUAUACCUGAGGCCAACCCCAAGCCCCUGGCUAGAUGCAACUGUUCAGAUCCUGAAUAACCUGGUCACCCCCAUGUUGAACCCCUUGAUCUACAGCCUCAGGAACAAGGAGGUGAAAUCAUCACUGAGGAAGGUUCUGUAUCAACUGGUCUUCCUUCCUGAGCAGUUGUAGAGACAGAUAAGUAACUAACACUUCCA